AUGAGGGCUGCUCCUACACAAGUUGUGGACAGCGGGAACGUAGGGGCUUUUGCUACCACGCAGGACUUGAAAACUGGUUCAAGCGAAAGCCAGUCGAAUGUCGUCCGCGGACCGCCUAGGAAGCCCCGGCAAAGCGGCCAUGCCAUCUGGAUUGGGAAUCUGCCGUCUCAGACGGAUUUAAUGAGCCUUGUCCACCAUGUCUGCAAGGAAGCAGACGGCCUGGAAUCCUUGUUCCUGAUCUCGAAGUCGAACUGCGCUUUUGCGAACUACAAAGACGAGGCUAGCUGCCUAGCAGCCCAACAGAAACUCCACGAGUCCAAAUUCCAAUCCGUGAGACUCGUGAGCAGACUGCGGAAGAACACUGUCGAAGGGGUCUCUGGAAUCACGGCACCUACCGGCCCAUCAGCUGCGACACCGCACCAUGUUCCCGUGCCAGAGCCCAAAGAAAAUCUGCCCAUCACGACGACAGAAGUUGAACCAAGCAGCUCCGAAAAUGGCACACCGUCUGUUUCGAGCGCUCCAGAGACUAAAGUCUCUCCUGCGGCAGUCGAUGGCUCCACACAGAAGGACAAAUUUUUCGUUUUGAAGAGCCUAACAAUUGAGGACCUCGAGUUGAGCGUACGGACGGGAAUCUGGGCUACCCAAGCUCAUAACGAGGAGAGUCUGAACAAAGCUUUCAAGACAGUCGAGAACGUUUACCUGGUUUUCUCUGCCAACAAGUCCGGUGAAUAUUAUGGCUAUGCUCGCAUGGUUUCCACUAUCAACGAAGACCCAGCUGCGGCGAUAGAAUUUGCCCCCAAGGUUCAGUCCGUGAGCGACGUGGACCUGCCGAAGGAGAUUCCAACCGAAGCAACUGAUUCCACACCCAAAGGACGCAUUAUCGAUGACUCAGCACGAGGCACAAUCUUCUGGGAAGUUCUUCGUGAGGACUCUGCUGAUAAUUUGGAAGCAGAUGAGGCAGCGACGGCCGCUACAACCAACGCAGAGCUAGACGCUGAGUCGAGCCUGAGCGGCGACCUCGGGCCGGAAAGCAAGACUUGGGGCAAGCCGUUCAAGCUAGAAUGGCUAUGCACGACCAGGCUCCCAUUCUACCGUUGCAGAGGCCUGCGCAACCCUUGGAACUCGAAUAGAGAGGUCAAAAUUGCCAGGGAUGGCACAGAACUCGAGCCGUCCGUCGGCCGGCGACUCAUAGGGCUAUUUAACAAGAACCUCAACGCUCCCGCACCCAGAGGCCCUAUGGGGAUGGGAAUUGGCCCCAUCCCGAUGUCAAUGCCUCCACAACAGCAGCCUAUGCUUAUGGGAUACCCGCCUACGUUCCCAUAG